UCCUGCGCAUGGGCUGUGGGGCCUCGCAGGAGGCAAAGAGCCUCGACGACGAGGCCGACAAGAAGGCCAUGUUCAAUGGCGUCGACGGAGGGAAGAAGAAGCGUCGUCGUCGUCGCCAAGCACGCUCUGCAAGGACAGGUUCCGUUGCGCCGGAGACCGACACGACGGAUAUGGCAAUGUCAGGCACUGGAGGAGCGUCGCCGGGAAGAUUACGCACAUCUGCGCUCUCGCGGAGAACAGACAAGCCGAGCCGGUCGAGCGGAACAACAGGCUCGCGCUCAUCGCGUCCACAGACCAACUCACAGGGCGGACGGAGCCAAGGUGGCGGCGGAUCGAGUAGGCGCGUGCCGCGGAGAACGCGUUCGAGGCGUUCCCGUGCAAAUGAGCCAGGCGCUCCGGACGCGCCGGCUACUCCGACCAGGCACCGAUCGUCGGCGGCGUCGCGGAAGCGGCGUGGCGGGAACGGUGGCGCUAGCGGCACGAGUGGAAGGAGCAGAGGACGCGUCAGUGGAGGAAGCAGCUCGCGCAAGACUCCCGACCUCGAUCCCAGUGCCGAUCCAUCCGAGUGGGUGCUCACCGAGGACGGCACAUUUGUCCACAAGUCGGUGAUGGGGAAUAACUCGAGCGUGAGGGUGCGCAACACGACUGCGGUCUCGCCGGCACUGCUGCCGCCGGACCUUCCAUCACCGCCAGCACACACUGCGGUCGGCCUCAUCUCUGGAACGGAGCAGUUCCCAAUGCGCCCGUCGACGGCGCUGUCGGGAGCGAGCACCUCGCCGCGGCGGAGAACAGGUGGCUUGCCUGCGCGGGCGUCGUCAGUCAAAGUCUCUGGCUACGGCGGACGGCAGACCCCUGGGCCUCAUCCGCUUGGCGACGACGGUGUCGAGACGAGCGAGUCGGCAUCCGCGACGGCGACGACGGUAACCGCUUCGGUCUCGGUUUCGAUCUCGGCCUCGCGGUCGGCGUCUGUCUCGCCGAAUCCGCCGGGCUCACGGGCUGGGCUGGCGUCGCCACUCGACGGCGCGGGCAUGCCUGCAUCAGAGACGCGCCGCGGCGGGCCGACUACCGGCGAUCAGUCGCCGUCGACAGGCCCGUCGAAAGAGCCGGAGCUCGCCUCGUUUCUACUACUGGACAAGAACGACUUUGACUCGGCCGAGCUCUCGCUCUUUGCUUCGGUCAACAACGGCGACGAUGGCGGGGAUGAUGGUGGCGGCGGCAUCGGCGGCGGCGGCAAGCGGCUGGUCUCGAGCGAGUUGCCACUGGGGCGCUCGACCGAGUCUAUCAUUCGGCGGACCGGGCCGAUCCGCUGGGAACGCGGCGCCAUACUCGGCAUGGGCGGCUUUGGCAAGGUGUAUCUCGGGACUGACCUCGACUCGGGCAAGCUCAUGGCAGUCAAGACCAUCGAAAUUGGGUCGGCAGUCUCGAUGAAGGACUCGCGGGUCAAGGCCGAGAUCGAGCUGGUGGAGAACGAGAUCUCCGUCCUCCAGUUUCUCGAGCACCGCAACAUUGUGCGGUACAUCGGCACAGCGCGGAUGGAGGACGCCGGCUCGGCGAUCAACGCCGUGCCGGGCCUCCUCAUUUUUAUGGAGUACGUCUCCGGCGGCUCGCUUGCAGCGCUUGUCCGUCGCAACGGAGCACUCGACGAGUCAAUUGCUCGCGCAUACGUAUACCAGAUUCUCAAUGGGCUCAAGUACUUGCAUGAGAAGAAAAUUGCCCACCGUGACAUCAAGCCGGGCAACAUUCUCAUCUCGCCAGCGCCGUUUGGCGGCUUUUGCAAGUCUACGCUUAAGAUUGCCGACUUUGGUGCGUCGAAGAAUCUCAACACGCUCAUGUCAGUGACCGAGGGCGGGGUGAAGACCCUUGCCGGCACGCCGCACUUUAUGGCGCCCGAAGUCGUGCUGCAGACCGGCCACGGGCGUAAGGCCGACAUCUGGUCGCUCGGGUGCACGUUGGUGGAGAUGCUCUCGGGCCGGCCGCCUUGGGCCGACCAGUCGCCGAUGGGCGUCCUGUUUCACAUCGGAACGAAAAAGUCGCCGCCGCCGUUUCCGGACGGCAUCUCGCCGCUCUGCAUCUCCAUUCUCAACGAGAUGUUCCACGCAAACCCGCGCGACCGGCCGACGGCGGCGUGGCUGAUGAUGCACCCAUGGUUCGACGCGCUCCGCGAGGUCGCAGUCUCAGCACCGUCGUCGCCGCACCAGCCGAACUUUGGCGACGUUUCGGGUGCCAUCGACCAGUCUGUCGAGCUGGCCGCUGGUGACUCGCCGCUACCUGCCAUGCGGCGCAACUUGCGCGCCGCGCCGACGCGAACAGCUUCGGCGCCCGGAGCCGGCGGGGUACUCGACGCGCCGCAGCAGGUCCAGUACGAGGACGAGCGGCCGAUCCGCCCGCUGCUUGACACGGUUCGGGCAUACUUUGAGUCCAAUGUGGCGCUCGAGGAAUUUAACGAGAAGGACCGGGCCGAGAUCGAGGCGUUCCUAGCUGGCGUCCGCCGCGACGCCGGCGGCGAGGAGUACGAGUACGAGUCGGGGUGACGGCAGAUGGUCACGACGAGUACGAGCCCGAGUAGAGGCCCGAGGAGUCAACGUCGAACGGGCCCGAUGACGAGUCGUUGUCGUCGCGAAGAACAGCCUCACCAGGAGCGACCGGGCGGGCAAACUCGGGCGCCGACGACGCAAUAGCGGCGUCGAGCUCGUCGGCGCGCUGCCGGCGGCGGUUGAGCUCCUGGCUCCGCUUCUUGUCGAGCUCGACGAGGCGGGCGGUGGCAACGUUGCCGUAGCCGCCUCGGAAGUACUUGAGGCCGCAGAGGGUAAAGACGAUGACAGUGCAGAUGAAGAG